AUAUUACUAAGUUUCAUGCACUUCCUUUUCAGACUGAAAGAUGAGAGCCAGGCUCACAGGGUAGCCCUCGUAGCUGGACGAAGGAUCCCUCGCACCAGAAAAACACCUCACUACAGGCGAGACAUUGGAAACUGGGAAAAGAUAAAUUCUGAAGACAAAAUACAAUUAUUUUUUAGUUCCAGGACUGCAAGGAACUGUUCCCAGAUCUUCAAUAGACAUGCGUCCACAAUCUGCACCCCACGGCCUGCUCCUGCUGUUAACUGCAUUAGGAGCUGCCUUUGGACAAGAUGGAUGUGGUGACUGCUUACGGCUGGACUCUGGUGCGGUUAUUGGAAUUGUCAUCUGUGAUGUCAUUAUCACGGUACUGAUUGCGCUCACCGCGUAUAUUGUUUCAAAUAAAAUCCAACAGCGCAAACAGCUGGAACGGAAGACUUCUAAGAAAAAUGAAACAGAGACAAAUGACCGAACAUACGAGGAACUUCGUGGGCAUAGACUUGACAUCUAUAAUGAUAUGAGAAGUGUGCGCAGCUAAUCCUUGACUGCGUCUUGUGACCACGUGUCCAGAGCUUCAUCAAACGGACGUAACAGAAGGAUGAAAGCAAGAGCCAUGCACACUGUAAAAUCAUACAUUAUAUCAUAGUGCAGCCUUCACAACUACUCACAGCUUCUCAUCAUUAGAGGAUAUCAUCUGAAAUCAUAAUGCUUCUCUCGGGUCCCAAUAUUUAUUGUUCAGUGACCAAACUCUUUUCUUUUUGCAAAUUCUUGAAGACCUCUAAUCCCCCAAUCCGGUAUAUCUAACCCCCCAAUCUGGUAUAUCUA